GCAGCCUUCUGGACCGUCAUAUGCCCAGUUUGCUGUCUUCAAAUUCGUCGUCUUCUGGCGAUGAAGAAUCGCGCGUGGAGCUUCAUCUUUCCUUCCUUGAACUGGGCAAGGCCACGGUUUCUGAGCAGAGAGCCGACCUGAUGUUCCUGCCUGCUGUCAAGUUUGACUUCCUCCGCUGUGUGUAUGCCCAUGCCCGACAACUUCACAAGGCCAUCCGCGAAGCCUCGCAGCAGUCAAAGACAAAAAUGGCACGGAUGUCUGACGACAGCUACUUCUGGGUGCUCAGCCAGAGUCCAUCACAAUUGCUCGCACGGCUCGUCCUGCGUGAGGAAGUUGCUCCGUCACGGCUGGAAACCCUUGCACACCAGAUGAAGCUGAGCCUGGCCAAUGUGCUUGCCCACGAGUGCUGUCCUCGAGUCCUGCUAAAGAGUGCACACAGACCGAACACACUGUUUUCACCAGAUUCUCCCCGAGUGCUCAAUGACUGUGGUGAAAGUGUAGCAACCGAUUCCUCCAGGCAUCCAAAUUAUAUCGUCAAGUGCCUCUUGAAGGGCCUCAUCAAGUUGAUGAAAGUGCACAUCGAAAGCAGUGAUGCCGUGGUGACAUUGAAUGGUGCCAGAGCCCUUGGACAGAGUGAAGCUUUCACCUCAUGGGCCGAAGGGUGUGCUUCACUUGCACAUGUUGACCUUUAUCAGCUGCACAAGGGCGUUGGUCAGCUUGCGUUCUUCAUCAAUCUCACCAACUUGCUCACACUUCACACUGCCAUUAUCCAGGCUGCAAGUGUCUCUGAAGAUGAACUUGCUGAAACCCGGUUUGUUCCCAUCACCUCGCCUUACUUGCACCAGAGGGCACUGCAGGAAAGACUAGUGGCCUACCGUGUUGGGCAGCUAGGCAUUGUCUCGUUAUUUUACAUUAAAAGGAGGCUUCUGUUCUGUGAUCAUCAAAUGGAUGUUAUCUCAGGAAACGGCCACGAUCCAGUUUUGGAAAUGCUGAUUUCUCAGGAGCCACCUGUAAAGAAAGAGUUUGCACCCCACUUCCAUCCCAAGGUUGUUUUUGCUCUCGUGCAAGGCCACAUCUCUGACCCCAAGAUUGAGGUAGUCUAUCCAGAGACUAUAGAAAGCCAACUUCAGAUAGCAGUGGACAGAUGUAUGGCACGCAUCAAAGCCAUGACUAGGCAGGGAGUCAGAAUGAUCAUUUUUCCAUGGCAAAUGCGCUUUUUCUUAACUGCUGACAUGCAGCUGGAUGAAAGCUGUGAAGAACUGAGAAGCUCCUUAGAGCAAAUCAUUCCAGAAGAGUUUGUCAUUGAAUACCAGAAGGAAGAUGGCAUGUUUGGUGUGGUCUUGGAUGGUUCACUGCCACUAGUAUCCUCACUAGAGUCCGGUGAUGAGUCAGCAAGCAUUGGUGCCAAGAUUCCACCCCAUGUGCUGAGCUACCUAGAGACCCAUUGUCCUCUGCUCGUCCGGCUGCUCAAGUUUAUGCUUCUAAAGGCUCCGAGGAGUCCACAGCUGGAAGACGGCGUCAAGUACCGAGGUCUACCCCUGGAUAAUUUACUGGCACAUGUCUAUGGACUCUGGAUGCAGCUUUCAACUCCUCAGAGCCAUGCUGCAUGGACUGCCAUGGCUCUUCGCGGUUCCUCCAGUGCCAAUGUUGUUUGGGAGGCUCUGAGUGGUGCAGCGGGCCAGCAAGACUGGAUCAGCGUCUUGCUCAUCAUGGAAUUUGUGGAUGCCUUGGAUGGUGCAGCGUGCGGAGACUUGGUCUUCUACAGGAGGUGCAUUCUCAGCCUCCUGGCUGCUUCGCGGCUCGACACAGAGCAAGAUGCCGUGGAAAGGGCCACAGGACCUUGGACGUAUGCCAUGAGAAUCAGGGACCUUCGUUUGCGGUUCGACUGCAUGCUGGCAAACUAUGUGCAUUGGCCUGACACACAUGCAUUUGAAACUCUCGAGACACUUAAGUCAGAAUGCCUGUAUGCGGGAAAUGUGGAGCUGCAUGAGGAAGUUUCCGAAGAGCUGGACAGGUUCAAGUUGUAUCAGGAAAUUGCAGAGAACUUGAUGAGAUGUGGUGAUGAGGAACAACAUUGCACCUGGAAGGACAUAGCUUUAAAGUCAGCAUCUGACCCCCUUUUUGUUCUGCAGAAGCUGUCCAAGUUUUCGUUAUAUGACAUUGCUAGCCGGUGGUCGGACCUACACACUGUUGGCUCGGAAUGCUGCAAGAUCGUGACCGAACUCAAGGCACUCCACUUGCUUAUGCAGUCACCGCCCAAGUCGCAUUCAGCAUUCAAGCUCACUGAAGGACUGAGCAAAGACGGUGAGGCGUUUUCCCUUUGGCAAAGGGUGCUUGACCGACUCCCGAACGGAGAGGGGAAGAUUUUGCUGCUCGACCAUUUAACAGCGAGCUACAGGGAUUGCCUCAUGGACGUCGAGCUGAUCUCAUAUCAGCGCACAGGAAUGGGGCUCAGGAUGUACAUGUGCAUAGACUCAGAGAAGCAGCAGAGUUACUCAUGCCUUGUCAACGAUCCUGCACUGCUGCUUGAAAUGCUGCUGAUGAAUGCAGAGGUGGAUUCGGUAGGAAGGUCUCUUGAGGCAACGGCCAGUUUCCUGGACAACAAUCACUCUCCCUUCACCAGAGAUGCUGCCAAUGAUCUGCUAAAGACCUAUGCUUCUAAAGCCUUGGAGCUGCUUCUGAUGCCAUCGCAACGCUCUGAAACUGAUACGACUUCACAGUCUGCUGGAAGCAUCUCGGCAAAGGACUCUGAAGGCACUGCAUUCACGAUGCCGUUAAAACCGCCUCCACAGUCGGAAUGGACUCCUGAUGCUGCUGUGUCAUGUUGCAUGGCUUGCCACAUUGAAUACUUCAGUAUGUUCAGCCGACGACACCACUGUCGACGCUGCGGCCGUGUUGUGUGCUACACAUGUUCUCAGCAGACCAUGGUUGUGGAGGGCUUUGGCCAAUACAAGGUCAGGGUCUGCGACGAUUGCUUCAAUCAGACUGCAAAGCUCAAGAAUGCAGAAGAAACUGCAUCACUGUCCUCGGAGGAGCAUGUUCACCCUGUUGAAAUAUUUGAUGAUGCAGCAAGAAGUCGUUCCGACUCCGUCAAGACUCCACGAAGUUCUUCCAUGUCCAAGCGUAUUUUCUGGCAGUUAACCACUAGUGCUGAAGAGAAUGCGGCCAUCAGAGAGCAGUUCUGCUACCAUCGAGCUCCAAGUGUUUCACUCUCACUCGCCAUUCUGGAGAAGCAUUCCAGCCAGGCAGACUGUGCCACGUACAUCUUGUCACUUUCUGAUAAUCUCUUUCCUGUUUUGGCACCAAAAAGCACCUCCGAGAGCUUCGUUGACUAUGGACUCAUAAUCACGAUGCUCAAGUCGUUGAUCCUGAGAGCCAAGGUCAAGUUUCUGGGUGCAGGCAUAACGAGUGGCAUUGCGUGCAGUGAUGCCUACCUCAGGAGACUGGACAUUGUGCGGCUCAUGGUCAAUGCAAACUGCCAGCACCUUCUUCCAGAGGAAAUGCUUAUUCGAACUGCCAAUGAUGGAGACGAGCCUGGCGGCCGGCGCAAGGUUGGUCGCGGCCUCAACUCCGACCAAGGGCCGGAGCGCAAGCUGAGGGACCGGCUCAUGGAGACCGAACGCAUGGCCCUUGCUCUUGAAGUCUCCACAAAGUAUGGCCUUGAGACAUCCGGUGUGUUUGCCGCCUGGGGACUGGCACUUCUGCGUGCCGGUGACUGGUCGUCUGCCAGGGAGAAGUUCUCGCAUUGCUUACAGAAACUCAAGGAUCGUGGCAACUCAUCCAGUGAGAGCCCGCUGCUGAAGGAAAUCAUUGAAAACCUUGAGAAGUCUCGGUACCCUGGUAUAAGCAAGGCUGCAGCCGUCUUCUGUGCUAUCGGCAGCCUGAAGAGUAUAAAAGACCCCGAUUUUGAGGUGAAGGUUCCAGUCAGUGAAUUGAAAGGCGUGGUGUACUCCGAAUGCAAGCACUACCUAGAGCUAUACGGCAGCCACCGAUCAAUGCUGGCGUUUCUCUAUCGACACGGUCGAACUACGCAGGCCCUUGAGUACUACCUUUCAAAGGGCUGUGAGGUGGACUUGUUCUUGGAGGAACUGCUGCAGCCGUCACUGAAGCGGGGUACGCUGGACGCAUUGCUCUCCUCCCUUCGCCAGAUGGACAUCAGUCUGAACCGGUGGUGGCCCACUCUACUCACUGUCUGCCGCAGCCUCCAGAAACGGGGACGAAUGCACACUCUCUAUGCUCUGCAGUUGUUCAUGGAGGACUACCUUCGUGCAGCUGUGACGAGCAUCCAAUUCUUCGAGAGCCCUCCUGCCAGCGGAUACUCGGAGCUUCACCAGCGCCUUGCACAUUUGGCUGAAGCACGAAAGCACCUCGAGACAUACCUGUCCAAGUACACAACGUGGGAAGGGCAUCGUUCGAAUCGCACGAGCAAUCAAGUCCUUGCUAUGGCACCUAAGGAGGUGAACAGGAACGUUAGCAUGGUGAACAUGCAGAUUGACAUCACGCGGUUUUUGAGCACGCGCGAGACUGAACAGGAGAAGCUGCUGCAGCCUCGCCAGAAGGACAAUGCCGAAUGUGUCGCACCAACUCUCUUUGGUGACACGCCGAUGAAGAGCGACCUAGCCUGCCUGGUGCUUGUCAAUGGAAGAAAUGUAGAGGAAGGCUUCGGUCUGGCAUUUCGCAUCAUCCAGGAAAAUCACUUGGAUGGGUCUUUAGUGUUUGAGCGUGCAGCCCAGACCCUUGUUUCAGCUGGAGCUGUGUCACAAGUAGAGCGCCUGGUUAGAUGCAUUGAGAGCUGUGGCUACCCAGACCGCUACGACACCGAUACUGUUGUGCUUGCUGCUUUGCAAGAGCUGGUGCGCUCUGAAGAUGAUAAAAAGGAUUUAGACCUGCUAGUCAAAUGUCUGAAGAAGGACGUGAACAAAGUUGAAGCAUACAUGCUGGCUGGCCGUCUCAAGACUGCCUACCUGCUGGCAGUCAGGCAGAACCGCACUGACCAUGUCAAGCGCAUCAUGGCACUGGCUGAGGCUGCGGGCCAGGAAAGUGUUAGAGCCAUUUGUGCAAAACGCCUGCAAGGCAUAGCCACGCCUCCACAGUGAAGUUUGCUGCCUACGUGGAUGCUUUAUUCAUCAGUCCGCUCGGAGAUGUCCUUAUACCACGAAGGACGUCAUCUUUGAAGGCAAUCUUUUCUUGUGAAUAUCCUUUGGUUGUGCUCACAACUGUACUAGCAGUUUUUUGUGUAGUCUGGUCUGCUUUUAAAGGGAACACCUAAUUAGAAUACCAGCCUCAAUUACAACUCAGAUUAGACAAGAAGGUAUCCGUAAUGACAUUUUAUCAGUUGAUGUCUACCCAAUACAUCACGGCAGCCACAGAUUAUUUGUAAACCUUGUGUUUAUAUAUCAAGUGUUAUAUCAAGCGCUAAAUUGUUGUUCCCUUAAAGAGGGGACCAUACUGUGCACAUUGUGCAGUAUGUCCACAUCUGCACAGUUCUUUGUGAUAGAUGCAAGCAUGCGGGCCUGCAACUGCACAUUACUUACAAGCUUGAUUAUUGUAUGUUUAAUGCACCAUUGUUACGUUUUGUUUUAUAUGCGAUGCACUUCAUUAACCAAACUGGGCACUGUUGUUGACUUGGUUUUGUAAUUUUUCAUAGAGCUGUCAUGUGCCUAUCGCAUAUCUUGAUGUCUGAACAAAUUUGACUGCGUGACUGCGCUUGUACAUUCAAAUAUUAUUGUCUCAAAUUUAAUUGCUCUUUAAUGGCCAGUUAUUUCUUUGCAUUAUCUGUAGUAUGCACUAAAUCUUGCUUGACUUGUUUUAAACACACUAUAAAGUGGGGUGUCUGUACAUACAUGUUAUAAAUCCAGAUUUUUUGCACUCCCUGAACGUUCAUGUGCCUUGAUCUGUGAGGCGAAAGGUUUAACAUGUCUCAGCAGCGAUAAUCGUCAGUACAAGUCACAAGUGAUAAAACGAGGGUGCUUGCUUACAGUUGAAUUGACAUCACCAAGUGCCUUUUCGUUGUAUUUUUAAAGCAGUUGAGAACUGCCAUGCCUUUUGUGCAUGCAUACUGUUGUUUUGGUAUGGCUUAUACCGUAAUUGAAGGCUUACUGUCAAUGUGUACAUUUUGGUAUUCCAAUUAACACACAACAAGGGUCACUUGCAAUGUACUAUAGAGCAACAUGUAUUGAAACAUAUGUGGGGUGAUGAAAAAUUAAUUGCAAAGGCAAAAAUGCACAGAAAAUUGGGAUUUUUUUAAACAAAAUAAAAACUUAUCCGAGCAGUCACAUUUAUAUCGGAGACGUGGCGCACUCCCGGCCUAUCAGAAGCACCUCCACUUGGUGAUAAAUGUAACUACUCUAAGAUUUUUCAUUUUAAAAUAUCCAGUGUGUUUGAGCACUUGUGUGCAAACAUUAUCUUGCUACUUUCUAUACUUCUGAAUCAACCUGUAUAUAUGAAAGAUUAAUAUUUGCCACAACAUUAUGUUAUACAAAUAAGAUUUGAAUGGGGCAUUAUUUUUUACAACAUUCUCUACCAUGAAUGUGUAAAACAGAAAAUUAUGUAUCUACAAAGUUCUACUGUAAACCUGUCGUAGCACAAAGUGAGUGAUACCAAAGAUAAUAUUGAUCUGUGCUUGCCUUCUUUUCCUGCUUAUGUGCUGUCAAGUGAUGAAACAAAUUGGCUUUGAAGAGAAGUGUUUGUGCAAUUUGUAACUCUGCUGAUGCAAGCUGUUUAUUGUUGCAGUAAUUGUGCACUGUAUAGAACGGCACAUGAGGAGGAUCAAUUUAGCAUGACAGUAACCAAACAGCUCUGAUUUACCACGCUUGACUUACCGCUCAGCACCACACUCGUUCGUUACAAGUGGUGUAUUUUGUAAAUAGCCGUAGCCAACUUGAGCAGAAAAUGUAUACGUGCCUCGUUGUAUUACAAGCUUGUAAUAUGUGCCAAGCUGAGGAAAUUUAGUUACGUGUGUCAGGUAUUGCAAAUGGUGUUCAAUCCUGGUAAAGAUAUUUCCACUGUCAGAGGAAACACUUAUUUGCUAUUCAAGCCAAUGCAACUUCAAAACUUUUUGGACAGCAAGGGAAAGAGCGGC